AUGUACUCUGAGUGGAGGUCCCUGCAUUUGGUGAUUCAGAAUGAUCAGGGUCACACCAGUGUUCUGCACAGCUAUCCAGAGAGCGUUGGGCGAGAGGUGGCAAAUGCAGUUGUCCAUCCUCUCGGGCAGGCUUUAGUAACUUCUUCAGCGGCUAGUAGUGAGAGUUUGUUAAAAACUGACAAAGAAGUAAAAUGGACCAUGGAAGUAAUUUGCUAUGGACUGACUCUUCCAUUGGAUGGAGAAACUGUAAAAUAUUGUGUUGAUGUAUAUACAGACUGGAUUAUGGCUUUAGUGUUGCCGAAAGAUUCUAUUCCGUUGCCAGUUAUUAAAGAACCAAAUCUCUAUGUUCAAAGUAUACUAAAACACCUGCAAAAUCUUUUUGUACCAAGACAGGAACAGGGCUCCAGUCAGAUCCGACUAUGCCUACAGGUCCUGAGGGCCAUUCAGAAACUGGCCCGCGAAUCAUCCAUCAUGGCCCGAGAAACCUGGGAAGUCUUAUUGUUGUUUCUUCUGCAGAUUAAUGACAUACUUCUAGCCCCUCCAACUGUUCAAGGUGGAAUUGCUGAGAAUCUGGCAGAGAAGUUGAUUGGUGUUCUCUUUGAGGUUUGGUUAUUAGCUUGUACUCGGUGCUUCCCAACACCUCCAUAUUGGAAAACAGCUAAGGAGAUGGUGGCUAACUGGAGGCACCACCCAGCCGUGGUGGAGCAGUGGAGCAAGGUCAUCUGUGCACUCACUUCAAGAUUGUUACGCUUUACAUAUGGUCCUUCAUUUCCUCCAUUUAAAGUUCCUGAUGAAGAUGCCAGUCUGAUCCCUCCUGAAAUGGAUAAUGAGUGUGUUGCACAGACAUGGUUUCGCUUUUUACAUAUGUUAAGUAAUCCUGUGGAUUUGAGUAACCCAGCCAUUAUAAGCUCUACUCCCAAAUUUCAGGAGCAGUUCCUGAAUGUGAGCGGAAUGCCACAAGAAUUGAAUCAAUAUCCCUGCCUUAAACAUUUGCCUCAAAUAUUUUUUCGUGCCAUGCGUGGAAUCAGCUGUCUGGUGGAUGCAUUCCUAGGCAUUUCUAGACCCCGAUCAGAUAGUGCUCCUCCAACACCCGUGAAUAGAUUAAGUAUGCCUCAGAGCACUGCUGUCAGUACCACCCCACCACAUAAUCGAAGACAUCGGUCUGUUACUGUGAAUAAGGCCACCAUAAAGACAAGCACAGUUAGUUCUGCUCAUGCCUCCAAAGUCCAGCACCAGACAUCCUCCACUUCUCCUCUUUCAAGUCCAAAUCAGACUAGUUCAGAGCCCCGGCCACUGCCUGCCCCUCGGAGACCGAAGGUUAACAGCAUCUUGAAUCUCUUUGGAUCAUGGCUAUUUGAUGCAGCAUUUGUUCACUGUAAACUUCAUAAUGGGAUUAACAGAGACAGCAGCAUGACUGCCAUUACAACACAAGCUAGCAUGGAGUUUCGACGGAAGGGGUCACAAAUGUCUACAGACACCAUGGUUUCCAAUCCUAUGUUUGAUGCAAGUGAAUUCCCUGAUAACUAUGAAGCAGGAAGAGCUGAGGCUUGUGGGACACUGUGUAGGAUUUUUUGUAGCAAGAAGACUGGAGAAGAGAUUCUGCCAGCUUAUUUAUCCAGAUUUUACAUGCUUUUAAUUCAAGGUUUGCAGAUAAAUGAUUAUGUGUGCCAUCCUGUCUUGGCCAGCGUUAUUCUAAACUCCCCUCCUUUGUUCUGCUGUGACUUGAAAGGGAUUGAUGUUGUGGUUCCUUACUUUAUUUCAGCUCUUGAAACCAUUUUGCCUGACAGAGAACUCUCCAAAUUCAAAAACUAUGUAAAUCCAACAGAAUUAAGAAGAUCUUCCAUUAAUAUUCUGCUUUCUUUGUUACCCCUCCCUCAUCACUUUGGCACAGUCAAAUCUGAGGUGGUUCUGGAAGGAAAGUUUAGUAAUGAUGACAGCUCUUCUUUUGAUAAACCAAUAACUUUUUUGUCCUUGAAGUUGAGACUUGUGAAUAUACUAAUAGGUGCCUUGCAAACGGAAACAGACCCCAACAACACUCAAAUGAUAUUAGGAGCAAUGUUAAAUAUCGUUCAAGAUUCAGCACUUUUAGAAGCCAUUGGUUGCCAAAUGGAAAUGGGUGGUGGAGAAAAUAACCUGAAGAGUCAUAGUCGCACUAACAGUGGUAUUAGUUCAGCAAGUGGUGGAAGCACAGAGCCCACAACUCCUGAUAGUGAAAGACCUGCUCAAGCUCUCCUAAGAGAUUAUGAUUCAGCUGCUGGGCUACUGAUUCGCAGCAUUCAUCUCGUCACCCAAAGACUCAACUCCCAGUGGCGACCAGACAUGAGCAUAUCAUUGGCAGCUCUGGAGCUCCUCUCUGGCUUGGCAAAGGUGAAGGUGAUGGUUGAUUCCGGAGACCGGAAGCGAGCCAUCAGUUCUGUGUGCAGCUACAUUGUGUACCAAUGUAGUCGGCCAGCUCCUCAUCACUCCCGGGACCUGCACUCCAUGAUAGUGGCAGCUUUUCAGUGUCUCUGUGUCUGGCUGACAGAACAUCCUGAUAUGCUUGAUGAAAAGGACUGUCUUAAGGAAGUACUAGAGAUUGUGGAACUGGGUAUUUCUGGAAGUAAGUCCAAGAGCAGUGAGCAAGAGGUCAAGUACAAAGGAGAUAAGGAGCCAAACCCUGCUUCUAUGAGGGUAAAGGAUGCUGCUGAAGCCACCCUAACAUGUAUUAUGCAGUUGCUUGGCGCAUUUCCUUCACCCAGUGGUCCUGCCUCUCCUUGUAGUCUGGUGAAUGAGACCACUUUGAUUAAAUACUCCAGGCUGCCAACCAUAAACAAGCAUAGCUUCCGGUACUUUGUCUUGGAUAACAGUGUCAUCCUGGCAAUGCUGGAGCAGCCUCUUGGAAAUGAACAGAAUGAUUUUUUCCCCUCCGUCACUGUGCUGGUUCGGGGAAUGUCUGGAAGACUUGCGUGGGCACAACAGCUUUGCCUUUUACCCAGAGGAGCAAAAGCAAAUCAGAAGCUUUUUGUGCCUGAACCUCGUCCAGUUCCUAAAAAUAAUGUUGGAUUUAAAUAUACUGUGAAACAUCGGCCAUUUCCUGAAGAAGUGGAUAAGAUUCCUUUUGUGAAAGCAGAUCUGAGCAUUCCAGAUUUGCAUGAAAUUGUCACUGAAGAAUUAGAAGAGAGACAUGAAAAAUUAAGGAAUGGCAUGGCCCAGCAGAUUGCUUAUGAAAUACACCUUGAACAACAAAGCGAGGAAGAAUUGAAGAAGAGAAGUUUUCCUGAUCCAGUUACAGAUUGUAAGCCCCCGCCUCCUGCCCAGGAAUUCCAAACAGCACGCCUUUUCCUUUCACACUUUGGAUUUUUGUCCUUAGAAGCAUUGAAGGAACCUGCAAAUAGUCGUCUACCUCCUCACCUUAUUGCACUCGACUCCACAAUACCUGGAUUUUUUGAUGACAUUGGGUAUCUGGAUCUCUUGCCAUGUCGUCCUUUCGACACAGUUUUUAUUUUCUAUAUGAAACCAGGUCAGAAAACAAACCAGGAGAUUUUAAAGAAUGUGGAGUCUUCCCGAAAUGUUCAGCCACAUUUCCUAGAAUUUUUGCUCUCCCUUGGCUGGUCAGUAGAUGUGGGCAGACAUCCUGGUUGGACUGGGCAUGUUUCCACUAGUUGGUCUAUAAACAGUUGUGAUGAUGGCGAAAGACCAGAACAAGAUGAAGUGAUUUCCUCUGAAGAUAUUGGGGCUAGUAUUUUCAAUGGCCAGAAGAAGGUGCUGUAUUAUGCUGAUGCCCUUACAGAAAUAUCUUUUGUGGUUCCUUCUCCUGUGGAGUCAUUAACUGAUUCAUUGGAAAGUAACAUCUCGGACCAAGACAGUGAUUCAAAUAUGGAUCUUAUGCCAGGAAUUCUGAAACAGCCAUCCUUGACACUUGAGCUUUUUCCUAAUCACACAGACAAUCUUAAUUCUUCACAGAGGCUCAGUCCCAGUUCCAGAAUGAAGAAACUGCCUCAGGGCCGCCUCGUGCCUCCCCUUGGACCCGAAACAAGAGUUUCUGUAGUCUGGGUGGAACGCUAUGAUGAUAUAGAAAACUUUCCCCUCUCAGAUCUGAUGACAGAAAUCAGUACUGGUGUGGAAACUACUGCAAAUAGUAGCACUUCUCUGAGAUCUACCACUCUUGAGAAAGAAGUUCCUGUCAUCUUCAUUCACCCUUUAAACACUGGAUUAUUCCGGAUAAAAAUUCAAGGAGCCACUGGAAAAUUUAACAUGGUUAUCCCUCUUGUGGAUGGGAUGAUCGUCAGCAGGCGAGCACUCGGUUUUCUGGUGAGGCAGACUGUAAUUAAUAUUUGUAGAAGAAAGAGGCUGGAGAGUGACUCCUACAGUCCACCACAUGUCCGCCGGAAACAGAAAAUCACUGACAUUGUCAACAAGUACCGGAACAAGCAGUUGGAGCCAGAGUUUUAUACUUCACUUUUCCAGGAGGACCAAGCAGGAGACUGCGGUAGUUUAUGA